CCUGUUCCCAAACCAGAUUAGAUCACAAGGAGGCAUUUAAACGAUGCCCACGAUGUUCUUGGCCGAUAUCUCUCCGCCUCCUACCCCCCCCGGCGUCUUACACUCACCAUGCCGUCUUACGCGCCACCCUCUCGGAGACAAUUGCGGAAACAUUGCGCGCCCACUGGCAUGCGGAGAUCGCGCCAUAUUUGAAGCGACUGCGCUUACUCCAAGUUGUCUGACGAGGCGUCCAGUCCGUCACCCGUUCCAUUCGCGCCAGACAGACGAUCAGAGGAGAAAAGAAAAAGAAUACUUAUACCGCCCAACACAACGAUACGCCCCGUCGAGAUGCUCGCAAGACGCUGCUUCCACUCCAGUCAAUUGACUCGCGGUAUCCCCACAUCGCAGCUCAAGAUCCCGCUUCACAGCCGCAGCAGAUUCGCUCACCCGUCGCGCGUCACGGCCGUACCAUUACGAUCGCUGGCGACGACUCGAUCCCCUCCCGCAAUGGCGUCCGAGGAUCUUCCCAAAGUGAAGCUAUACUGGCUGAACGACUCCCGUGCCCAAAAUACACUCUGGCUGCUCGAGGAGCUCCGCAUCCCCUACACCGUCCAGACCUUCCGCCGCGAGCCGAACCGCCUCGCGCCCCCGGAGCUCGCCGACGUCCACCCCCUCGGCAAGGCCCCGGUCCUCGAGAUCACGCCCGCCGCCGACCCCGCCAGAACUUCCACUCCGGCGGCGGCGGCACCACCCAUCCGGCUAGCCGAGAGCGGGUACAUUACUCAGUACCUCGUCGACCACUUCGGCCACCGCAGCCCGGGCCUAGUGCCGCCGCGUUGGAAGCCGGGUCAGGAGGGCCGCAUCGGCGGCGAGACGGAGGCCUACGCGCGCUUCCAAUACCUGCUGCACUACGUCGAGGGCAGCUUCUUCCCCGUCAUUGUGCAGUAUCUCCUCAUCAGCGUUCUCAAAUCAUCAAACGUCCCUUUCCUCGUCCGGCCCCUCACCUCGGCCGUCGCCUCCAAGAUCUACUCCCUCGUCCUCUUCCCCACUGCGCAGAAGCAUCUCGCCAUGCUUGAAUCAUUUCUCAAGACUGCGCCGGGCGUGGCCUCCUCGUCGUCGCCCCCCGGCGAGGCCUUCCUCUGCGGCCCGGACCUGACGGCCGCCGACAUCCUCAUCAGCUUCGCGCUCGUCACGGCCGAAACCGAGGGCGCCUGGGACGCCAUGGGGCACUGGCCCGGCGGCUCGGCGCGGGCGGCGCACCCUAUCCUGUUCGAGUACAUCGACCGGCUACGGAAGCAGCCGGGGUACCAGAAGGUCGUGGAGAAGGUUAAGGAGAUUGAGGCAUGAAGCGAGGCGAAAGAGGAGGGGGAGGGGGGGAAGGAGAAGGGAUGUAACUAGUUUGGUCUAAGGGGUUUUUCCUUGGUGAUUUCUGCAACUAGGAGUUUGAGGACGGCGUGGAGGUCCUGUGAACAUGUGCGGCGUUCGGCGACCACACUCGGGAUACGGUGGGGACGGACACAACGAAACCCACGGCUCCCGGAACAUGUGUAUAGUUGCCCACGCCACAGAAUGAAUAUGGUAUUGCUUUGCCACGUAAACCGUCAUAAAGA